GCCGAACGCUAGCCCCGCACUAUUUAUGAGACGUAAAGUAUAUAAAUAAGCGGCGAUGUUUUGUUAUUGAAUUAGUGGACGAUAGCACUUGAAAUGUUUCUGUUGUUCUACUUGUUUGUUUUUCACAUUUUUUUAUCAUGGAAUCCAUGUAAUUCUCAAUACGUAGGUUACUCAAUAACUAGACUUAGAGAAAAAAUCAUAAAUAUGGUGCGGGAACUUAUACUUGAUGCCAUGGUUAAAAUGGGCCAGAUUGAAUGUUUUAAGAAAGAACUUGAAGGCGAAACUGCUUUUAAACUGGGACAUCUUCAAUAUGAAGUUAAGGACAGAGUAAGAAGAAUAUUAAUAAUAUACAGGCAUACAGAACGCUUAAAUAAGAAAAAUUUAAAAGAAAGAAUGUGUAUCACAGAAAUGGUUGAUGUGGAUAAUUUGUAUCACGAUGCGAUUACUUUCAUUGAUAUGAUGAAAGACCUUAUGGGGGUAGAAAAUAUCGCACCGGGCAAACCGGUAUUUCGAUCAGGUGAUACGCAGCAAGUGUGGAAACAAGUGGUGGAGAAUCAGGAAAGCGACCCUGUACCACCUACAGCACCUCCGCCUCCUCCGACGACACCUUCAGGAAAACGAAGUAAUGGUGCUUGGAAUUAUGCUCCGGAGCCUGAUAGUGACUUAUUCAAGUAAUAUCUUUAGUAGACAGCAAAGUUAUUACUAAUUGUUUAAGAAAGUAGUAGUGUCGUCUUAUUAUUUAGGACUCAGUGAUCCUAACUUUUUAAGUAAAGGAUUAAGUACUAUACAAAUAUAGUAUAGGUAGCGAUAAGUUCUUUUAGAUAAACAUUUACUUACAUAAUUAUCACACACUGUUUGGUUAUAUCUUUAGUAGACAGCAAAGUCAUUACUAAUUGUUUAAGAAAGUAGUAGUGUCGUCUUAUUAUUUAGGACUCAGUGAUCCUAACUUUUUAAGUAAAGGAUUAAGUACUAUACAAAUAUAGUAUAGGUAGCGAUAAGUUCUUUUAGAUAAACAUUUACUUACAUAAUUAACACACACUGUUUGGUUGUGAAUUUGCAUUAGUACUGAAAUUAUAUUAGUAAUUUGUUAAUUAUAUAUAUAUCAUUACGUAUGGGAAGGAAUUUACCUAAGUCGAAAAUGGUAAUAUUUUAUUUACAUGUUAAGUUACAUUUAAGUUACCACAUUUCUCCAUUAAAGGAGGAUGCCAGAUGCCCAUAGUGACUUUGGCUCAAUAUUAAUUCAUUCAAAUACAUAUCCAUUAAGACCUUACUCAAAGCCAUAACUGCAUAAGGAAUCCUUCUCCGACAAUUCUGAAUUUAAGAUAGGUAGUCAAUAGUUGUAGUAUAUAUUAGUAGUUGGUUGUUCCAUGGCACCUUUAGCCAUCCUGUAUCCUUCUUGUUAUUUCUGUUUAGCGUUGCCAGAUGACCGGUGCUGCUGCUGCGGUGCUGUCCCGUGUUCAGUAAUUUUACUUUGCUGUCCCGGAAUGAAAAAAUACAGGCUGCAAAAAACCAAACAUUGUAACGUGCUCCCAAGUUGCGCUGCGUGAGGGAAGGCUGGGAAGUUACGUUAGUUGGUAGUAAUUUUACAGUUUUGUCUUGGAUGGAACACCAAUUCUCAGAUUGUAUUCUGGGGCCUAGAAAUGUCCAGGAAAUUGUCAGUCUGGAUCUGGCAACCCUAUUUCUGUUUCACAGCCACCCGUUUAAACUGCUUCAAUACUUACAAUGAUCAGGGUGCACCCUGCAAUGCUGCUGCUACGAAGCAGUUUAAACGAUUCACUUUUGUAAAGCCAUCCAAUGCAAUGCUUGUGCUGAGUUUGUUGUCUCGGUCAACUAUGUACCAUUAUCACUGUUCGUUUUUAAGGGAAGAGGGAGGUAGAUUAGUCAAGUGAAGCUUAGACUCGUGUUAUACACACAAUUGAUGAUGCGUAGAAUGUCAGGUUUUCUACAAAGUGUAAAAUGAAGAGUAAAAAUUUACACGUUACCUUAAUCCGCAUUUCAUACAUUUCCUAAAUAUGGAUAUAAUAUUUUAUAGAAUUAAUUCUUUGAUUGCCAUUAGAAAACUGUUGAAGGCAAAUCCUCCGCUAACGUCGGUCACCGGUGACCACCACGCGGUGUUCAAUGUGUUCAUCUGGACCAUACAAACGUACCUACCUGUUACUUAUACAAUCACUGUG